AUGACUUCUGAAGUAGAAGCCUUGAAAACAAAUGAGUUUCUUCGACGUCGAAAGCUAAGACUUCAGCAGGUACGAGAGCAAUCAAAAGAUAUCGCGAAGAAAAUUCGUCAACGCGCUAAAGUCGAAACUAUCCGGCAAGUUGUUGAUUUAGAUGCUAAGAAGCAAAAGGAAUAUUUUGACCGUCAAGAAAAACUAGUCAAACGUUUAGAGGUGUUGUAUGCGAGAGGGGUAAAUAAUGUUGGUGCUAGCCAUCAGAGCGCUUCUGAGUUGACACAAGAUGCUAUAAUAAAAACAGAUUUAUCUAAAUUGAGAGGCAGAGAGGCAGCUGCUGAACUCAGAAAGAAAAGACAAGAAAAACUAGAUGAACAAAAGAAACUUCUUGAUAGAAAGAUUCAAGCCAGAGAAAAUGCUAAUAUAAUAAGUCGUGAGAAAUCUGCUGUUGUAGCAAAUAAACUGACAAAACCUACAACAUCUAAAUCUGAAGACGCAACCCAAAAACCUCCCGAAGCAUUUGAAAUUCUUAACGCCUCUAUAACUAAUGUUAAUAAAGAUGAAUCUCAAACUGUGACAAGAAAUGACAUGGCAACACAAUGGGAGGCUGAGAGAACACCCAAUGAAUGGGAAGCUGUGGUGCCAACCUUAGAACUCCCUAAAGACGACCAAGGCAGCUCAAAUCAGGAUGACCAAGUUUCUAAAUCUGACAAGAGUAAGAAAGUUGAUCUGUUUGCAGUCAGUAAAGAAAUGCCUACAGACUUAGGUGGCCAACAUGUACAUAUUUCUAAUAAGAGAAAUAUGACAAGGCCUUCUUUGACCUUAGUGUCUGAAUAUCUGCAAACCAGAAAGCUUCGAUUACGGGAGCCAGAACCUGCUAAUAUACAUAAGAAGAGUGAUGAUAUUUCAAGCUUAAAGCAAACCAUUCUACGAACACGGACUGCUAAGGCUGAAGGUAGAUGUUAUGAUAUGUGUUGUGUGUGUGAUGACCAAGUUAUUCCAGUGCCAUCAUGGCAUGCGGCGAGAUCAUGUGAAUUCUGUGCAAACCAAACCUGUCACAAUAAGAGUUUAGCCUACUCUAAACAAUUCACUUCUGUAACUAACUCUCAAAUUAAUAAAAUCUUUAGUUCUAUAAGGCCAUUGAAAGAAUCUCGUGUUGGACCAAGCCCUGUCUUGAGGUCAACAAGUCCGUUUAGAAGAAAUAAAGUGUCUCAAAAAUUUUGCAAAGGCAACACUUGUUCAGACAAUAUCAAACCAAAUAUUGUGCUUAAUAAAAAGAGUUCUAUAACUAUGUACAAUCAUAAUACAAGAGAUGUUAGAGACCUGCCCUGUAGUGACGAACUUGUAGUGAGAGAUGAACAUACUGAAGAGGAUGCUUAUUCCCUGGCUCAGAAAGAGUCUCAAAUCCAUAUUAAAAACAAUCAGCAUGAAAAAAAAGUUCAGGAUAUAAGGAACAAAGUAGCAGUGACCAAACAAACUGUUGAGAAGGAGUAUAAGGAUACCAUAAACUUUUUGAAUUCCUUACCAAAAGAUAAUGGCAAUAGGGUUCCUAAAACUGCAUACAUGGAUGAGCGCCGCCAAAAAAUGCAAAAUGAAAAUCGACAACAUAAGAUGCAACAGGAAUACAGGAAGAUUGAAAAAGAAUGUCGAAGACACCAUUCAUGUAUGAAAAAAGGUCGUAAAUCCGUAUCUCCUUCAAAGCAAGAUGUAGAUGACGAUUUUGAAGUUAACGACUUUCAAUACUCUUGGAUGCCAGUGCCAGAGGGCGAUGGAAACCUAGCCAUCCACACAAUACCGAACUCUGUUAAAGAGGGGAAGUCUGGAAAUACUGUUAAAUUUAGCAAAGUUGACAGUUAUCAUGAAUACAGGUCUCGGCAUAAACAUACACCACCUACAAAAGACACAGCCCAUGUGGAAAAAGUUCCAUAUGAGAACAACCUAGAGCCUGUAGUCAAUGACAGAACUGCCAGUCAAUCUACAGAUGAUUCAUCUACCACAUCAGACACUAGUUCUGUUGAAAAUUUGAGACUUUACAAGAAAGAAAACAAAAAGAGAUACAACACAAAGACAGACCAAGAUGCAUCAGAUGCUGAAAGGAUUAUUAUUUACAAGAUACUUGAUACUAGAAAUGAUAAACAGUCAAAGAAGAAAAACAAGUUAUUAAGUGAUAUAGCCAAAUCUUUAACAUCUAUUGAGAAGGUGCAGAAAUCCGUAAUUGAAGACAAUCAAGGAGAAUCUAUUGUGAGGCAAAAAAGGAAACCAGUCAAUGACAAACCUGAUGAUGCAGCCAAUUUUGAACAUAUUCAUGAAGGUGUAUACAAACUUGCUGAGGAACAAAAGGACAACAUGGCUUCUACGUUCUUAUCUAACGACGAUCAAGAAAGCGCUCUUACGGCUGCAGAAAAUAGACAAGAUCUGUGUAAGAAGCUGAGUAAAGAUAAGCAUAUAGGGACUGUUCCAGAAUGGGAGAGUGGCUACGUUCGUCACACAGAGCGGACACCCAAAACCUGUCAAUCAUCUAACACUUGCAAACAAAAUAUUAAUUCUACUGUGGACACCAAUAUAGCAUCUACGUCAGCGAAACAUCCUCAAACUUGUUCAUCAGUGUCCUCCUUUAAAUCUGCUAGUAACGAUCAAACAAAAAGUGCAUCCCUCAAUACUGACUAUAUCAAAGUAGUGAACGAAGCAGGCCUUGAAGCUGGUAAGUUUUUCUUAGGUAGUACAGAUUUGUUAAAGAACAACGCUUACGAAGUUGUCAUACAACUUCGAAAAAAAGAUAGUUCAAAGGACGAGAAAGAACCAGAACAAAGUAAACCAUCUUCUGCUACAGAAAGUAAGCUCCACAAAAAAAGUGAAACAGUGGAGUCAAUUCAUUUAGUAACGUCCGAGUCUGAGAGUAAUUUACCUCAGAAUUUUGAAGCUGAUAAUGUUAUGUUAAAUUUUCCUGGACACAAUUCUGGACAAACUUCACCUAUAAAUUCUGCACAAAUAAAAGAUCCUGUUACAAGUACACAGUUAGAAGUAGAAAGUGAGACAUUUGACAAUUAUAAAGACCAAACUGUUCUAAGUAACACGAAGGAUACAUGCCAUAAAAAGACAUUUGAAGAAAGAAAGAAGUUUUCUGAUAAAGGUACUACUACAACUGUACAAAAUGAUUCCCCUAUACAAAUGUCUAAAUUUGAGCCACAACCUAGACCAGGUACAACCGCAUAUACCCAAACAACGAGCUCUCCAAUCCAUAGACCUGUAUAUAUUCACAUGAGCUCUUCAACCUCGACAGCUUAUAUGAGCCCACCAGAUAUGAUUCUACCUAAUUUCUUGAGAAACGAUUCUCGCUUAACGGAUUAUGAAACAUGUGAAAUAAAAAACGUGCGUAAAUCUGUAAACAGUAACAAAACACAAAAUAACAAAAACUGUAGGCAUGCUAGGAAGGCAGUCGGUAAAGACAAUAUGAAAACUACGUAUUGUAGAAAAAAUAAACACCAUAGUACUCUACCAAAUUCUGUAAGCAGCCUAUAUAAAAAUGCUGAUAAUAUGUCUUCUAAAAAUUUUAAUCAAGACAAAUGCAAAUGCCAUAAAUGUUCUGAUCAAGUUAAUGAACGUUGCUCCAAAAGCAAACAAAGUGCUCUUGAAGGUUUUCGACUGUCUCAGAAUUUUAAUCUUCUAACUAGUAUGAAGGGUUCCGCAAGAACUAAAAACCUAACUUCCAGACCCGACAAGAAUAGAGGAUAUCUAAAUCCAACUGUAAAAAGUUACAUCAAUAAGUUACUGGCUUUGAACAAAGAAAGCCUAAAAGCAAUAGAAAUCGCGGAUCAAGAAUGUAGUUCAGUAGCUACACCUAGUAGCUCAAUUAUCAAUGUCCCUUACAAUGUUGAUGAAAGGAAACCUUCAAUAGGAAACAAAAUAUCCUUAGAACACAUUAAACAAACUUUCAUGCAACAGAUUAUAGAUGAGCAUAUAAAUAAUUACUUAAAUGAACCAAAGAUUCCACCUAUGUUUGCUGGAUCUAGUAAGAAACAUUUGCUACGUAAAUCACGUAGAAAGGUCCAUAAAGUAAAAUCGUUAAAUGUAUCAAAGCAUUUACUGAAGAAACACAAAUUUGAAGAACCUAAGUCAACGAACCACGUGUCCAUUUCCACAACAACGGACGACUGCAAUAAAAGCUUCGCGAGUUCAAAUCCGAACCGGUCGCGCCCUCGUAGUUCGCCAUCAUCUAGACAAGAACCAUCGCUGAGAAUGUUUCCCACAUUUAAAGAAAGUAAUAAGACAGAGUUAACUUCUAAGAAUAAAAUAAAGAAAACAGAAACACAACGUAAUAAAAAGAAAGAGGAGACUCCUCAUCUUAGAACGCAGUACAUGACACAAAGGUCUGCAGUAACAGAAUCAUCACAAGAAUCUGAGACAAUAAAAGAGUCACAUAAUUACUGUAAUAAAACUGACGUUUCUGUUAGUAUGUCUACGCAAACGAACCAAAACAUUGACAAUGACUUUAUGAAGUUGGCCGAAGAUAAACUUCAUAAUAUGGAAAAAAUUGCCGACCUGACUGAAAAAUGUACAAAACGUUUGUCAAAUCUUGCCAAAGUUCUAGAAGAAGUUAGAAAAAAUAAGUCUUUAGUUUAUAGUCAAAUUUCCAGUUCUGAUUCAAUAGAUUCCCAUUCUGAUCACAAGUCUGAUAAAUUUGUAAAAACCCCUGUGCCUAUAGAUUUAGGCGAAGUACCGAAAUAUUUUGAAAUCAAAUCUCCAGAUCCCAUUGCAGAAAAGGAAUGCAUUCCAGUAUCUGAGAAAGAAAAAUCACUUCCAGAAUUUAUCUCAAUUUUAACAGACAUUCCCAAACCAGCGGCAUGUCAAAUCUCAGAAUUUAAUUUAAUAAACCCAUUGCCAACUGACGUGAUACGUCCGAUACCUGUGACACCUACAACACAUCAGCACAACCCAAAUACAAUCAUAUCUGAAUCAAUUAAAUAUAGACAGAAACCACCACCUGCGUUAUCACGAAUUCAUUUGAAACAUGGCCAGGAAGACAUAGUGCCUCAUGAACUUUCUACAGUCAUAGAAGUGGAUUCUCCAAUGAGCAUAAAAAAUAAAACCCAAUCUUCUCGACGUAAUGAUCCCAACUUUUCCAAUAGAUCUUCCAACGAAGAUAAGGAGCCAACUAAGAACAAUAAAGCUAAUGAAACGUCAAAGGAUAAAGAAAUCGUAAACCCAGACUUACUCGAAAGUAAUCUAAAAAUAUCUAAACCGCACAAAUUAUCGUCAGCCGAAUCCUCUGAUGAUUCCAAAUUUCAUAUGAUAGAUUUAAAACAUUUUAACAAGAUAAUGUUACAACCUUUUAUAAGUAUUCACGAAUAUGCAAAACAAUAUAACAUAGAUGCUCCAGAGGAAAUGUCUAAUGUUGAAGAGCUACAGAGAGAUGAUCCUGUAAAUGAUGAUAUGAGUUCGUUGCAUUCCGACGGCAGCUUACCUGAUGUGAUUGCAGAAUUACUCAAAAGAAAUAUUAUUACAGAACCAUUCAAAUUCGACACUGGAUCGAAUGUUAACUCUACUACUAUUUCAUCAGAGUCUACAUUAUCCAUGUUAGCUUUGUCCAAAGCGCGAAAAGCUAAAAAGAGAGCUAAUGUAGUAUUCCAGAAUAAAGAAAAUAUUGGCGAGACAUCUGACACGUUAAGCAUUUCUUCAAAUCCCGACUUAGAAAAUGCAUUUAAGAAGCUAGGCAUGGGGUGGGCGUCGUCUACUUUAAAAAAGACAAAGGAGCGUUUAGCUUUGUCGUCAUCAUCUAACACUUCCAGCUCUAGCAUUUCACAUUUAAAAAUUAAAAGUUUUCAUCACGACAUACCAGCACUUGUUACUGAUUCAGUUUCUUCUGUACUCUUGUCUAAAAAAGAUAUUGAGGCUCAAAAUUUAGUUGAUAAUGCAAAAGAUGCGAAACAUCAAACAAGUUUUCCUAAUUCUAUGACGGUAAAUGAAUUUCUAGCUAAUGAGUUGGCUAAUAAAAUAACUUUUACUACGAAUAAAACUGGUAUAAACGAAACAGAAGAAUUUGUUUCUCUAUUUGAAACAAAGAUGCCAGAGGGUAUGAACCAACAGACACUUAUGAAUAGCGAUCAACAUUCUACCGAUAGUGUACUAAGUGGAGUUAACCGAGCGCGAACAUCAACGCCAGUACAGAUAUUUAAAUCAAUGACGUAUCAUUCUAGUUCUGGUUCGAAUACAUCCAAUGGCUUGUUUAGUAAUGCUGAUGACCUAUCGUCAGUUAAAAUGACUUCAAACUCUGUUAAGAACCAUUCGGCGUCUGACAGAGAUGACUUAACUAUACCUAAUUUUAGUCUAAAAAUGAAAAAAGGUAUUGACAGUAGUAAAAGUGAUUAA